GAAGGUUGGCCCGACUUCCCCCAGCAAAGAGACGGCGCGCAGGAAAGUAGUGAGAUCGAAACAUCCUGUGAAAUAGGACUAACUUAAAACAAAUGCAAUAUACGGAAUUUCAGUAUUGUUUUGUCGGUGAAAAUCAACAUAAGAGCACAUAGCAAGCUAUUUGGCUGAAAUAUUGUGCUUGCUAUAGCAAGCUUGCAAACACUUGAGAUUAUUCAAAUUAAGGAGCGCGUCGACGUCGGCCUGGUCAAUUUGGCUAGCCAGCUAGCUUACAGAGCUAGACCUAUCUUGUAGUUAUCGACUGCAGGACAAGCAACAUAAGAGGAAUGAGUGAUGACCUCUGUUGUGGUGGCAGACGGUGGAGGGAAUAUGGUGGAAUACGUCACUGUCAUGGAAGAGACUGAGCAGAGUCAGGAGAACCUCUGUGAGGAGGGGGAGGUAGUGCAGGAGAUAGUGGAGACUGUAAUAGGGGAGGAUGGGGAGGAGUAUCCUGCUGUGGUGGUGGAAGAGGUGCCCAGUGCCCAGUUGGAGCAGUGCUACGCUGCCCAGGUGUUGGUCUACGAUGACGGGACCUAUCUGAUGCAGGACGUGGGAGACGAGCAGGAGGUGGUCACCGAGGUAGUGGAGACAGUAGAGGUGUCGUCACACGGGGGCAUGGUGUGCUUUGAUAAGACCUUCGAGGCGGCCGAGGCCCUUCUUCACAUGGACUCCCCCAGCAGUUUCCAUGGAGACCGCAACAACACAGUGGAGGACGUGAUGAUGGAGACGGUGGUGGAGGUGUCUACAGAGUGUGAGCCCAUAGAAGAGGACAGCUUCCCUAUACCCCCCGACUAUGAGCCUCCGUCUGCCAAGAAGAAGAAAGGGGGACGGAAGCCGAAGACACAACAGCCUCAGCUUGACACCAACGGCAACAUUGACCUGGGGAUCAGGCAGAGACCCAGAGAGGGAAAAGGGAGCACCACCUACCUAUGGGAGUUCCUGUUGGAUCUCCUCCAGGAUAAGAACACCUGUCCCAGGUACAUCAAGUGGAUGCAGCGGGACAAGGGCAUCUUCAAGCUGGUCGACUCCAAGGCCGUGUCUAAGCUGUGGGGCAAACACAAGAACAAACCUGACAUGAACUAUGAAACCAUGGGCAGGGCACUCAGGUAUUACUACCAGAGGGGGAUCCUAGCCAAGGUGGCGGGCCAGAGGCUAGCCUACCAGUUUAAAGACAUGCCCAAGAACAUCAGGGUGAUUGACGAUGACAGGGAGGAGGAGGAGGGAGAGGGGGAACCCUCUGAGCACCACCAGACACUGAUUAUUGACCCUGCCACCUCCACCCAGACACAGCAGAGCUACGUCACCGUCAUACCCACCUCGUCCGGCAACAGGACCAUGCGUUUGGCCAUGCCCAUGGUCAUGACGACGACACUGGGUCAGAUGACCCUCAACUCCUCUACCGUCUUCACCACCCAGGCUCCCAUCACCCUGGGCAACGCCCACGCUGGCGGGCCCAAGCUGGUGAUCCAGACCCUGCCUGCCAUGAUGCCCGCCGGGGCCAAGAGUGGAGAGAAGAUCACCAUCAUCACCAUCCCAGCGGCCCAGCUAGCUCAGCUAACGCAGGGCAACCUUUCAGCCCAGCUCUCAGGCCAGCUAGCUCAGCUCAUACAGGCUAAACCAGUCACCCAGCUGGUGCAGGCUAAACCAGUCACCCAGCUGGUGCAGGCUAAACCAGUCACCCAGCUGGUGCAGGCUAAACCAGUCACCCAGCUGGUGCAGGCUAAACCAGUCACCCAGCUGGUGCAGGCUAAACCAGUCACCCAGCUGGUGCAGGCUAAACCAGCCCCUCCACUCAUACUGGCAAAGCCUGUGACUGUGACCCAGCAGCCACCUGCUGCCUCCCCUGUAGGUAAACUACAGCUCCCUCCCUCCACCACCAUCACAAUCCCUGUAGCUACCCCCUCUACACACCCUGAAAAAGAAGCCAUCUCACCCCACACAGCCCUUCCAGAGUCCACCCCUACAAUGAGCACGGAGCUUCCCCAGUCUAGCCCGGGAGACCCCUCUGACUCGGGAGUCGGCACAGAACCCAGUGGACCCUGAAUCUUGAACUCGAGGCCAAGGGGCCCGACAGCUACUGACUCCAUAUUGACCCUGUGUUUUGAAGUGGAGUCUUCCCUUCCCAUCCUCCAAUCACUGGGCAGUGGAGCUGUAGGACCAUACAGAGGAGGAGAGCUCUGAACCUCAGCUAUGGAGCUCCUAGUUACCAGAGAGCUAGUCUUCAAACUGGAGCUGCAGUGCCAUCCCUCCCUCCACAUCAGAAAACCAGGAAAAGAGAUGAGGAUAAAGGGACUUUGUAUACAUAAUACAUAGCUACAGUCUCCUACGUAUUGAUUUGGACAGUGAAGCUAAAAUGUUUAAUUUGGCGCUCUACUCCAGCAUUUUGGAUGUGAUUAAUUAUUUCAUGUGAGGUGACCGUAUAGAAUGUCACCUUUUUUAUUUGACGGUAUUUUCAUGCAUAUCUUUUUCACCGUUUAGAUAUAAUCACUUUGUGUCUAGUCCCCCAACUUGAAGGUGUUAUACAUAUUUGGUCAAAUUCAGUAGUAUGUGUAUUAAAGUAGUCAAAAGUUUAGUAUUUGGUCCCAUAUUCCUAGCACGCAGUGACAUCAAGCUUGUGAUUCUGCAUUUGCACUUUGCUUUGGCUGUGUUUCAGAAUGUUAUGUCCAAUAGAAAUUAAUAGUAAAUAAUGCAUUGUCAUUUUUAAUUUAAAUAUUACAGAACAUUUCUGAACACAUACCUUAAUCUGGAUGCUACCAAGAUUACGGAUAAUCGUGAAUAAGUGAGAGAGUGUGAGUUAGAGGCAUAAAUAUCAUACCCCCCCAAAAAGUGAUGGUGAGAGGUUAGCCUUUCUUGGGGGUCUGAUCUUUGUGCCUCUAGCUGAUCAUUAUUCACAGUUCAUGCAAGAUUCAGUAAUUAUGGUAGCAUCCACAUUUAAUGUAGAAGUGUUCACAACCAUAUUCAAUUUGACUUUUUUCUGUGCCAAACAGAAAUGGUAAAUAGUCUGAAACACAGCCAAAACAAACUGCAAAUGCAUCCAACAAGUUUGUAGAGUUACAAGCUGAUGUAGUCAUUGCAUGCCAGGAAUAUGGAACCAAAUACUAAACUUAUGUAUAUUAAAUACUUAUGAUACCUUUCAAAUGGACUGUUUUCAUUUAACGGUAAAACAGCUAUUUAGGAAAAGACCCUCAAAACAGGUGACAUUCUGAACGGUCCCCUCAUAUGAAACAUUUAAUUUUAAAUGCUGGAGUAUAAAGUUUUAGCUUCACUGUCCAGAUAAAUAUGUAGGGGAGUGUGUACAUGCUUUAGAAGCUCUUUGAUCUCUCUUUGGAUCUCUAGGGCAAGCCUUAGAUUGUACAUUGAACAUGCUUCUUUUAAUCAAAAACAUAAUAAAGGAAGCCUGAAAGAUUUGUGUAAACUUUUUGAUACUCUUCACAGGUUGCGUACGAUGUAUUCUAAGUUCAAUGCAAGUGUAGUUCUUUUGUCUCGUAGUUGAAAUCUUUGGGUUUUCCUCUGACUGGUUGGUUCCCAUCUUCUGGCUAUGGAAAGUAGUCUAGUCCUCCACAUCACUGUCCCUCCCACACUCAAUGUUUUUUUUGUGUUAUUAUAUAUAUUUUUUACUGUUCAGAAAAGGGAGCGAAAGGAUGUUUGUGUUAAGAAAAGACAGAUCCAGAUGGUAUAUUCCCACAUUUUGAAGCAUAUGCUAUUUUCAUGUACUCUCAAAGUGUAUUGAUGUAGAUUUUACUGAAGUAUGUAUUAUAUAAAAACAUGAAUUGAAA